AUGUCGCGCUGCCUCCUUGCCUGGCUUCUCUUACGUGGUGUUCGAGGAGCCGAGUUUGCCUGGACAGACGUCACGCAGACCAAUGUGCCGACUGCAAGAACAAGUUCUGGCAUGGUUGUCACAGCGCAAAACCGGCUCUGGAUGUGGGGCGGCGAUCCCAGCUAUGGCUAUGGCAGCUUGACGACCGAUUUGCACUAUGUCGACAUUCAGGCGGCCAGCAAAGAGUGGCAAUCACACGCACCAUCUGGUAAUGCGCCCGUCAUGCGGAGUUCUCAUAAUAUGAUGAUCACUCCCGAUGACAUGAUGUACAUGUACGGUGGGGGCUCCGAUGAUAUCUGGUCCAUGAACCUCCAGGCCGCUACGCCAGUGUGGACGGAAAUAUCGACGUCGGGCACUCCGCCCCAAAGUUCUCGAGGCAGCGCUGUGCUGACAACGAGCAAUGUGAUGUGGGUAUUCGGCGGCAGUUUCGGCGGCUGCUGCAAAACAAACCACGUCACCUACAUCGACCUUACGGCAUCCACCCCGCAAUGGACUUCGGUGUCGCCAACGGGCGAGCUCCCGGAAGAACGGACCGGGCAUGUUGCCGUCAUGACUUCAACUGAUGUGAUGUACAUCUUUGGAGGCCAUUCAGACUCCGGCCCCGAGAAUGAUUUGUGGAAGCUCGACACGAAGGAUCCCACCCAGUGGGUGGAGGUAUCACCGAGCGGGAGCUUGCCCGGGGUGCGCGAAGAACACACAGCUGCCAUUACUUCGGCCGACGUGAUGUGGAUCGUUGCCGGCUGGGAUGCGGGCUCCUUGAGUUCCUUGAGUGACGUGUGGUACAUUGAUCUCCAGGCCGCGAGCCCCCAAUGGACGCAAGCAGCCAGUGUGCCUGACGGCAGUUGGGGCCAUGCCAUGGCCAUCACCUCGGAUGACAAGCUUUGGGUCUUUGCUUACAGCAGCUUGUGGAACAUGGAUGUCGAGGUGAUGACGACAACGGACUUCAACCAGCACGACCACGAUGAGCACGUCAACAAGCAGCGCGACUACAAGCAGCUCGACCACAAGCAGUUCGACCACACGCAGCACAUCGACAAGCUUCAGCAGCAGUUCAACCUCCACCUCCAGAAGUUCCACAACCAGCACUGGCAUUCCACGUCGGUGACCGCCUCAAGCAUCAGCACGUCUAGCACCUCGUCAUCAUCCUCCACCUCGACCACAGCAAGUUCGAGCACCACAACAUCGGAAUCACGGACAUCCACAACCACACUGACGACCAGCAGCACAACGCUCACCGGCGAGGACUUGGCCAAGCAUAUCCAGGAUCUGCAGCGGCAGGAGGAGGCCGCCCAAGCUGUCGCUGCAGUGGAGGCCAUCGAGGAGGGGACGGUGCAAGAACUCCUUCAGGCCCUCUUUACUGGUGGUGGGGCAGAUCCAGUUGAAACAGGCGGGAUCCUGGCCCAUGUGACGAGGCAGACGAAGAACGGCACAGUCAAGAUCACUGCGGUGGUUCCCCAGGCAGUGAGGCGCGACGGCGUCAUUGAAAUCACAUCGGGAGAGACGGCCAGUGUGCACGUUCCAGCAGCUGUUCUGGCGCAGGCACAGGCAGGCGACCCUCCAGGGAACGCUUCACGGAUGGUUUUGAUCGGCAUCACGGAUAUAGCUGAACAGAAAGCCAGCAAGUUCGUCGACAGGCGCGAAGAGGGCGAGGCCGCGUCCGUCGUGAAGACGCAGACCUUAAGCAUUACUCUAAGGAACGAAGAUGGGAAGGUGGUGGAAAUAGGCCAGCUUCUCCAACCUAUCGAGCUUGUACUCGAGUCGGAGGAUGCCAUCAACGCCUCGUGUGCCUUCUGGGACGAGGAGCACAGCAGCUGGUCCUUCCGGGGACUUGAGACCUUGCCGGGCCCGGCGCCCGGGCAACUCACGUGCCGAACCCAGCACCUGUCCAUCUUCAGCGGGGUCUUGAACGAUAUUCAGCAGAUCGCCGUGUCAGUCAUUGAGUGCAGCUCCAUUUGGGAGUUGUUUACACAAGAAGGUGUGGAGCGGCUGGCUGCAGGGCGCUGGAUUAGCUCGCUUCCAGCCAUCUCAACUUUGCUCUUCGUGGCUUUGUUCUUUGUCGUGCUCAUGCGCUCUUCUUAUGUCGACAGGAAGAUGCAGCAAGCAGUUCCCUGGGAAAUGGUGGAGCCGGUGCUUUUCCGCGAGAAGCCCAACUCGGACUCGGACUCGGAGGCCGAGGGCGAGGAUGAGCCCAAGCGCAACUGUUGCGUGCGCCAGCUCAUCACGGCGCGAGAGGGGUGCUUUUGGUGCGCGGGGAUCUGCUUCGGCGUGGAGAACAUGGGGCAGAUCGUCGAGUUACUUCCGAAUGCGCCGGAGGCUACGGUGAACCGUUGCAUCAAGACACUCCAUGCACAUCGCAGUGGUGUGGCCAAGGACAGCUUGACCAUCCUGCUUCCGGCUGGUGAGAAGUUCGAUGCCGACACCGAGGAUUCGGGCCAAAAACAGGUCGCUCGGAGCCAAAAUCGGCAGAGCGUCUUCUCAUGGCUGGCGGGGGCGGCCCUUCCGAGUAUGAACAACUUCACCUCGGCCCUUCGGGAUCUCAACGCCCGAUGGAACGUCCACGUCCACGGCGCCAGCGCGGUGAAAUCCAUUCUCGAUCGUUCCUGGUGUGCGCGCGUGGGGCUGCUCCUGCCCGCCUUCCACCCCUGGAUUGCGCUGCUGCGGCUCAGCAUCGUGACCUCCUACAAGGUCCGCGUCUCGCUUAUCUUUCUGAAAAUUUGCACAUCGGGCGCCACGAACGCCUUGUUCUUUUCGAGCAACUCCCCGCUCGAGGGCUCGGAUCCGAAAUGUUGGAUGCCGAAGGAUUACUUCCGGAGGCUGGUGACGAACACCAUUGUGGGUUUCCUUGCUGCCUUCCUGGGCGACUGCAUUGUCUUCACCCUCUUUCUCCUCCAAGCUCGCAAGCCCGUUGAAAAGCGGCAGUGGUCGGAGAGGGCGAUGCGUCGGCAGAUCGCCACGUGGCGCUGCAAAGGCGUCUGCUUCUGGUUCAUUUGGCUACUCUACUCGGGCACAUGCGUGUUCUACGUCAUGAUCUUCCUCGCCAAUGUACGGUUGGUGGACGCCCAUGACUGGUACCAGAGCACCGGCAUGAGCUUGCUGCAGGACUUACUUGUGCUGCCUCUCGCCCUGGCCGUCGCCAUGGGCACUUUAGCAUCCCUGGCCCUGCGGAGCCGAGAUGUGAGGGCGAAGAUUGAGUCGAGGUGGGGGGGUUCCGAAAACUAG